UUAAGACAGAAAUUUUCUGUGUAUUGUUGAAGUUCAUUCUUAUAAAAUUAAAUAACUCUCACACUAGCUAGUCUUAUUGCAAGAGAUGAUUUUCCGGGUAUCAGACAUUUCCAUCCCUUGGUUGAAGGAGUAUUUAGCAAACAGUUCUAUAAAUGGCCUGAGGUAUUUGUCAGGAGGACAGUAUCACUGGACAGAAAGGGUGUUUUGGUUCAUAGCUGUGACUGUUUCAUGCUAUUAUACUGUCAUAUUUACACUGGCUUCAUUCCAUGCAUACAAGAUGCAUGCUGUCAGUUUCACUACUGAAACAGAUUAUCUUCAUUGGAACACAAAAUUUCCAGCAUUUAGUGUAUGUGAAAUUACUGGUGUAAACGAUGUGAAAUUCGGUGCACUGGCAUCAAAAAAAUUUACAGGCAAAAUUGAUUACAACCAGAUUGAUUACUGGGAAAAUAUAGCCUUUUACCAGGGAUCGAUUAUUGAACACAAGAAGUGUUCUGGUGAUGUUAACUGCUCUACAAAUUAUGAAGAAAUAAUUUGGGAGUUUAGAUACAGAUGUAACAAAUUACUUUAUGACUGUCACUGGAAUGGUAAACCAUUUGACUGCUGUCAAAAUUUCCUGCCUCUACAAACAGAAGUGGGUCCAUGUUUCUCCAUUAAUUCUGAAAAUACCAGAAAGAAGAAUGGAUUACUGAAGACAGUUUCAAACUAUACAACUGGACCUGGUUCACUCUAUUUCAAAGUAAGAGCUGCUGUAAAGGUUUACAUGCACUCAGAAGGAAAUGUGCCAACCAACAGUCACUCACUGGAUGAAAUGUUCAAAGUAUUCUAUCCUCAGUACCUUGAAGUGUUGUUUACGGUGAAGGAGGUAGUCAAUGAUCCAAUGCUGUAUGAGGUAGAACCCAGUGGAAGAGAUUGUCUGUUUCGUAAUGAAGUUCCCACAGGUGUGUACCCAUAUUAUAGCUUCACAACAUGUCUGGUUCAGUGCCACAAACAACACCAUUUGAAGUUCUGCAAUUGUACCCAUCAUAUGAUGCCAAAUUCUGCUGAUGAGGUCUGUGGCAUUGAGGGGCUAACCUGCCUUAAUGGUUAUAAUGAACGUCUAGGAAUAUUGAAAGCUGCUUGGGAAACCAAGAAGCUUGGUAUAGUCUGUGACUGCAGAACAUCAUGUGAUGACCAAGAAUACAAUGUGGUAUGGAAACAUGCUACAACAAAACGUGGAGGGAGCACUAAUUAUGAGAGCUUUGUGUCAGAAAUUUCACUUAAAAUGCACUCUCUGCCUGUGGAAAGGUUCAAGCGAAAUGUUGUAAGGACCAAACUGGAUUUGGUUGUAUCAAUAGGAGGGACUGCUGGAUUUUUCCUUGGAGCAAGUUUGCUCAGUGUUGUUGAAUUUGUAAUGUAUUUUUUUGUGAGAAGUAUUUACCAUUGUGUAAAUAUAAAUGACUCCAAUGCAAACAAAAAUCAUAGAAUGAAGGUAAUCUCACACGAAACAGAGUUUGCCAAGCCUUUCAGCAAUAAUUUUAAGCAGCAAAUCAGAUACCCUUCUCCAUGGGAUUUUCAGAAGUAAUUCUCAUUUCAUGUGGUUUAGCCAUAUUAUCAAUUAGAAUCU